GUAUGUCUGGUAGCUGUAGUCGCAGGUGGACAGUUGAAAAAGAAAACUGGAAACAGACUAUAGAGAGAUCUUACAGUUGGAGGCAUUACCAGUGUAAACUAUGGCUAACAGCAAAGAGCUCGUCCUCAGUGAUUCUGUGGGCUGUCCAGAGUUCAUUCAGGAUCUUCUUCCAUCUGCGGAGCGAACGGCUCUUCUCUAUCAUCUGUCGUAUCUGUGUUUGGGUGGAUUUCCUAGAUUGGAGAGUCUGAUCAGAGAAAGAGCUCUGGAGACUCAGACAUUGUUUGCAUCGUCUGGGGCCGUUCUGCUGAAGUGUGUCAGCACCAGUAAUAACCUGGUCAAGUCUCUGUUCCCGAUGUUGAUGCAUGCUGUUGAGAAUAAUGAACCCAGUGUGGCUGUGAAACACCUGGAGAAAGCCAGAAGCUGGAUUCACGACAUCAUUAAAGACGUUGAAGACAUGGUGUACAGGUAUGAACACCAUAACCUCAGCGUGGCGUCGUGCACCAGUGACGUGUUUCAGGAGCAGAGUGACAACGAAAACCAGCUCGUUGAACAUUCCGACCAUAUCAAGAAUCUAAACAAGGCCAUUCAGAAGCUGGACGAGGAGAUGAAAAAAACAGUCCAAGAUGUGGCGAACUUGGAGAAAAAAAUUGAGGAGAAAAACGCUGAGCUUGAGAGACAUCUUGAACACACGUCAAAAAAAAGUAAUGGCAUGAGUAUCAUGGCUGCGUUGGUGCCGUUUUUUGGCCUCUUGAUUAAGUUCAUCGUGGAUGCGGCGACGGUUCCUGGUGAAGCUGCUAAAACUCAAUCUCUCAAAGCCGAUCUGUCCCGACUCACCAAUGAAAAGAGGGAUCUGCAAAAUAAAGAGUGGGACAUCCAUGUUAAACAGACUGAGCUGGAGCUGGAGCUCGCCAGCGCUAAAAUACACCUGGGUGUGAUUCCCGACCCCGUGCAUCUGAAGGACGUGCAGAAAUGUCUUUCUCAAAUCCAGCAGAUUCUGGUCGACCUGAAAAAGUUCUGGGAGAAAGUGGCAUCUCUGCUGGACUCGCUGCAAAACAAGACCUUUGUUGCUGAAGAUUUGAUUGAUGAGCUCAGUGACAUGAAAGACGACUUCCUGAUGUCUAUUGAAGUUGCUGAAGAGUGUUGGGCAAGAUUCGGCUCCAGCUGUCAGAAAGCUCAGGCCAUCUUCAGCGUUCAGUUUGUAGAUGAAUAUAAAUUCCUGGACAUCAGUCCGUCUUCACUGACUGCAGCACAACGGCAGCAACAGCACGACUUUAUCCUGAACAAACUGAAUCACAUCAACACUCGAGCUUCACUCAAAUAGAGGACACUCUGAGGCUUCUUCACUGUGUCAAAUGCUCUUCCUAUAGAGCAAACAUGUACAGCUGAAUUAAAAGCCCUCCUGCAUAUAUUUCUGUUUAACAGAGAGAAGAUUUCUUCAACACAUAACAUGAUAGUAUUAAUAACUCAUCUCUAAGAACUGAUUUAUUUUCUCUUUGCCAUGAUGACAGUAAAUAAUAUUAGACUAGAUAUUCUUCAAGGCACUAGUGUUCAGCUUAAAGUGACAUUUAAAGGCUUAACUAUAGGGUAAUUAGGGUAAAGUUAGGGUAAUUAGGCAAGUCAUUGUAUAACAGUGGUUUGUUCUGGAGACAAUCCAAAACUGAUAUUGGUUAAAGGGGCUAUUUGUUAAACAUAAUUUAGGAAAUAUUUGAAAAAAAAAAAUUUAAUUGAGGGUGAAUAAUUUGUCCAUCAACAGAAUAUUUAUUUAUGCUUGGUAAUCUCUAUAUCUGCUCAAGUAUGUUAUUCCACCAAAUAUUCUGUUGUGAACUGAUGUUAUGAAUAUUAUUAAUGUCCUGUUUCUUAAUUAAAAUGGCUUUGGGUUUCAUAAUGGUGAACCAUAUUAUAUCUGAUCAUACAAUAAAGGCACAAGUUAUCCA